GGUGAUGGAGUUUGCGGGCCCAGAAUCGGUUAAGAUAUCAAACGCCAGUAAUUUGAGCUGUUGGCCGGGAAUCGAACUCAGAUCGUUGGGUUCCAUAGUGCCACGUGUUAACCACUGCGCCAUCUAUAUCACAAAAGUCACAUGAAUUAAAGUAAACUUAGCGUGAUUUCACACUGUAAUGGUUGACGAGGAAUAACUGUUACAUUUUAAAAGCCACGCAAAUGUUUAUCCUCCCUCACCCCCUCUCCUUCCUAGCCCCCCCCCCUCUCCGCCCCCCCUCUCCAACACUCCAGGGGCCGAGGAUCAUGGGAACCACAGCGAGCACGGGGAGGCAGGCGGUUUCCGUGGCAGCACAGUACUCCAGUUUCCAUGGCGACGGACCGGCGAGCCGCCACCCGCGCUCCAGCGUCGCCGCCGCACCGAGGACCAACUCGGCCAUCUCCACGGCAACCAUAAUCUCCAACACAUCAGCCGGUGGCGGCGGUGGCGUGGGUGGAGGCGGUUGUGCACAGUUGCCUGGCAACCGGGCAAAAUCCAUCAUCACCAACAAGGUGGCACCGGUCGUCAUCACGUUCAACUGCAAGGAAGAGUUCCAGAUCCACGAUGAAAAGUCCCGAGCCGGCUACAUCACGGGACGGAUCGCGGACGGACACAGGGAGCACUACCUCAUCCAGGGCAAGUACUUCCUGGUGAGGGACCAGCCCCGUGGGGCCGAUGUGCUGGGCACGGUGUCGCAACGCGGGGCCCCCAAUUUCCGGCAGGCUCAACACGGCCUCCCUGUCUACGGCAUGGGGCAGCCGUCCCCGGCGGGCCUGCUCAGCCUGCUGCAGGGCAUGUGUGACGCCGGCCACACCGAGCUGCUGCUCGUGAACCUCCGCGGGGACCCCGUGGUCUUCCUGCCGCGCACCGGCCCGGACGACGACGACGACUUCGCGGCGUUCGUUCCGCGCCGGCCGGGCUGCCCCCUCGACGUCCCGCGCCCCCCCGCCCCGCCGCCGCCGCCGCCGCCGCCGCCGGCGCCUCCGCACGCCGGCCCCGCCGCGUGGGGCCACCGCGGCGGGCGCUGCGGGAGCCGUGGCGGCGGUUGGGCCGGCCGGGAGGUGGACGCCCUGGAGCUGAGCAUCCGCCGGGAGAUCCUGGACUUUGCGUCACUGAAGCAGAGCACGUACUACGUGUACGAGGAGCUGGACGCCACGGCCUCCUCUGGUGGCGGUGGCGACGCCGUCACCGCCGGGGCGGCGCUGCCGUGCCGACUCAGCGAGGACGACGAUGUCCGGACCAGCGAGGAGGUGUUCUGUCGGCCACUCUUCACCGUGCCGGGCCUGCGGUAUGCCCGGAUCCCGUUCCCAGUGGAGGGAGCUCCUGACGAGGAGGCGUUUGACGACUUCAUCAACCUCAUCCGUCAGAGCCCAGGCCUGGUGGGCCACGAGGUGGCGGCCGGGGCCACCGUGGCGCCAGUGCCGGCCUUCCUCUUCACCUGCCGCAGCGGCACCGGCGGCACCACCCUGGGCAUGGCCCUCGCCUGCCUGCUGCUCGGCCACCGCCUCGGCUUCCCGGCCACACCACGGCCUGGCGACGGCGCAGCAGCGGAGACCCCUCCCAUCCCACGGCUCCACUUGAUCACGAGCUUCCUCGACAUCGUCCCCGAUGCACAGCAGAUCCUCCACGAGGUGGACUGUGCGGUUGCCAUGUGCUCGGAGCUGUGCAGCCUGUCGGGCGCCGUCUACGAGGACAAGGAGAGGCUGGAGGCCGCCGCGGACGAUCGCCAGUCGCAGGGGUCCGGCGAGAGGGAGCUGGCCCUGCACCGGCUGCUCGGGAGCCUCGAGCGCUGCUACUACCUGCUCUGCUUCAACUUCUACCUGCACGAGCAGUUCAGGCUGGCCUUCUCGCUGCCAUUCAGCGUGUGGAUGCGCCGCCACCCCGAGCUGCUGAGGCUGCUGGCGCGCAGCGACGUGUCGGAGCUGUGGGCGCCCCCGGAGCUCAUCACCGCCGGCACGCGCAUUCUGGUGGCGGACGAUCACGUCGACCUGGACGUGAUGAGCUCCAAGCGUGAGAUGCACGUGGCAAACUUCCGCCGCGUCCCCAAACUCCCGGUCUACGGCAUGGCCCAGCCCAGCUCCGAGGGCCUGUCCCACGUGCUGAGCUACCUGACGGGGGAGCGGCGGGCCCACGGGGCCGUGGCGAGCGUGAACCUGCGCGGGGAGGUCGUGCUGGAUGCCAGCGGGAACACCUACACGCCGCGCGAGCGUGCACAGCCGCACACAGCCAUCGUGCUGCCCGCCGGCAACCCCGAGCAGAUAGACGAGGUGGAGCGGGAGCUCAAGGCGUGCGUGCUCGCAGCGCCGGACUGGUUGGAGGCGUGGCAGGACGACGAGAAGCAGGUGAAGGCGUUCCACGCGUGCGAAACGCCGGCCGGCGUGCACGCCGCGCUGCGCUGCUCGCUGCACCCGCAGCUGCGCUAUCACCGGCUGCCCCUGCCCGAUGGGGCGGCCCCCUCCGAGCAGGACUUUGACCGCCUCCUCGACCUCUUCAAGGUGACCCUGGCGGAGGAGGCGAGCGCCGCGUUCCUCUUCAGCUGCCACAGCGGCGGGAGCCGCACCACCACCGCCAUGGCUACAGCCGUGCUCUUCCUGUGGCACGUCAACGGCUUCCCCGUGGACACGGAGGAGGAGAUGGUCAGUGUCCCCGAUGCCAAGUACACCAAGGGCGAGUUCGAGGCGGUGCUGGAGCUGCUGCGGAUGCUGCCGGACGGGCCGGAGAUGAAGCGCGAGGUGGACGCGGCGCUGGACGCCGUGAGCGAGACGAUGACGCCCAUGCACUACCACCUGCGCGAGGUCAUCUUCUGCACCUACCGCAAGGUGCGCAUGGCCAAGACGGAGGAGGAGCGGGCGUCUCUGCGUCUGCGCAGUCUGCAGCGGCUGGAGCGCUACAUCUACCUGAUCCUCUACAACACCUACCUGCACCUGGAGAAGGGCUCGCACUGGGACCGGCCCUUCUCCCUCUGGAUGAGCCAGAGUUCGAGGACCCCGAGUCGUCUCCGCUGUGCCGCCUGCGCCACCGCUGGCGCCACCGCUACCCACGCACGCUGCCGCCCCGCGGGGAGUUCAAGUGACGCGGUCCCGCGCGCAGCCACAUCCCCGCCGCCGGGAGGCAUCGACGACUGCCCGCCGCGAGCCGAGCCGGGCGGCGAGGGCGAGACCGCGCGGGCCGGCGGUGCCGGCAACGUCGACGGCCACCGCUGCCACCGUGGCGAGGAAGAACGCGGCCUCUUACUCAGCGUGUCCGCGGGUGAUCGGGCCGAGCCGUUUGCGUGAGAUGCGUUGGCUGGUGGGACGCUCCGGGGUGAGUUGGCGCGGAACGCCUCGUGCCCGGCAGCAAUCCCGAGGGUCGCUCUCGGGGCGGACGUUUGGUAGCACUUUCCGCUUCCAAGAAAACGAGCGUGGCAUCUGCACUCGAGCUGAGCGCGGCUUCGGUCCACCCGUCGAGCCGCUGCAUGAUGACGUCUCUCUGGCAGUUCCGCUGCAGGCGAGCGGAGCCGACACGAGGUGACGGCGUUGGUGGGAACUCGCUCCCCUGCACUGCGUCGCCACGCACGCGUGACUUCUCCGUGACCUGCCCUCCUCCCCGGGACCAUUUUGUGACCUGAAUUUAACCCCUCUGUACCCUGCUCGUAUAAUUAUUAUGGCAGUGUUGCUUAUGCGAUGUUAGCUUCCGGUGUUGUUGUUUUCGUCCGUGAUUUUGAGCGUUAUUCCUCAUGAAUGAUGUCCUCCUCGUUCUCGCGUUCCACUCCUACUGGCAUCUACCAGCGCUCACGCAGGCUCCAGUAUGUUCUGCUAAAAGAGUUUUCAAAGGUGACCGCGGCGACAAUAUAUACAAAUGUUCAUUUUUGUCAUUGACGGUGACGCAGAGCAGCCAGCGAGCGGCAAAAAGAGCCUUUGCGGUGAUCGCGCUCGAGAUGAGAACCGACGCCUUCCUUGGAUCGACCGACGAGGUUACGGGAACUUGGGGAGAGAGACGACGAUGGGUGACGACGGCAGAUUUGCAACACGGGACACGUCCCACUGAGAGAGGGGCACGCCACCACUGUCAUGCCACAUGGGCAGCAACGGGCAGCGUCGGUGACCGGCUGCGGUGCCGUGGUCAGCACACUGGGCUUACGAUUCCGUCUCCCGGCACGGCAGCUUUUAAACGAUGGGACCAGUUUCUCGAAUCCUCCCUCUUCCUCCUCCUCCACCACCACCGCCUCUGUCCACCCAGGCUGCAGCGGAGACGGCUGCCCCUCCAUCCCAGCUUAAAUAGUCGCUCCAAGCCUGGGGCUUGUCAUUGAGACUCUGUCUCCUCGACAGACCUGUUCUCCACCUGAGGACGGCUACUUGCGUUGUAGCCGAAACGUCGUGAGAAUUAUUUUAUUGUGUUUUAUUUUUAUUAUUUUAUUAUUUCCAUUCUACGUGACUUUACCGAAAGAACCAAGAAGAGGCUGCACCGCAGUUAUCCGAUCGGCAGGUCACCGCGGAGCGCGGUGGGGGUACAGUGUGAGCACUGCCACCUCUUGCAAGACGUCCGGACGGCGUCGAAGAGUGGGCCAGAAAAUAUUAUCUCGUGGGGACUCUCUCUCUCUCUCUCGAGGGGGGGGGGCCCUUCUCCCAGCAGGGGCACCUAGCGCGCAGUUUCACUUGCCGGGAGCUGCACCUCUACUCUACGCUCCCUAGGAACCUGUGCGGAGGAGGCCUCAAUCCAGCGGUGGACGGUUCCCGUAGCGGGAACGUGGCGAGGGAGCCGAUGGGAGGGAAUUCCACCCGCCGGGCAGCACGAGGAGGCUGCGAGGGAGAGGCGGCGUCACGUCGUCCGUUGGAGCGGCCCUUGCCCUGCGGUGCCCAUUGGGACGGCACGGGCGACCCGCUCGGGGAGACCCUCGCUGACACUGGAGCUGCCGUUGCCCGGCGAUGGUGUUUAUUUGUUUUUCGCGUCCGCACGGCCGUGCCGCUCGUUACAUGUUCGUGUGCGUGCGUCCGUUUCCCACGCUGUCAACCCCGACGCCAGUGCCGGUCAUCGUGGUCUCGCUCGGCACGUGGUGCUCAAGUUGUUGUUUACCGUCCGUUCGUGCGACUUUGUCGGGACCGCGGUGAAUUUCCGAUGGGGCCGUCGCUCCGCAGGGCCCACGCGCACUCCACACGUCAAGGUCGGCGCCUCUCCCCCCCCCCGCAAACCGGCGUGUGACCACGGUCGCCACCGGCCCUGAGCCAUUGGCGCCAAUUCCACGUUCUUAUGGCAAUCGCAAUUCGAUUGGCUGCCGAGGGAUCUGGGAGGAGCGUUUUUUGUCAUUCGCACAGCGGGGAACACGCCCGAGAGGACGUGCACCUUCGGAGAUGGAGCGCUGAAAGUGUCGGGAGCAAGACGGAUCGUCGUGUCGCGAGACCGUGAGAGGUGGCGAUGGCUUGGGGAGGCCUUUCGUCCAGCAGUGGAUAGAUCAGGGCUGAUGAUCAAUUUCUGCUUUUGUAUAUACAUAGAGAGAGAGAAUGAUGUGUGUACAUAUAUUUAAAAACAUAAUCUGUCAUAAUAUAUAGGCCGAAAACUAAUAAUGCGAACGUAUAAUUUACUUACAAAUAUACAGUGUGUACACAGUAUUUCUACACGUUUGAGCUUAAACUAUAUUGAAGCGCGACGUCUGAUCACUGUGGAGCGUGGCGUGCUUGGCGUAGCCCGGGGGCCGGCCCCCAGUGCAGCUGCACCUGCUGCGCACGCGAUGGUUCGUGCCACUGCCCCCGCUCGUCGGAGUGAACCCCGCGCGUGCGGCCAGGCCGAGCGCGUGUGAGUCGAUGACCUCGUCGGCGCACCGCUGCGCGAUGGACCCGGCGACCAGAGUUGCUGAUUUCCAGCCGCGGCGAACGUCGCUAGUGGGCAGAGCUGUUCCGGGGGUACACGGCGAAUCGGAGCGACUGCCCCGGGCCCCGCGCUUUGGGGAGGGGGGGGGUGCUUCAAUGUCACAGCGUCGGAUGUAAUACGUCCGGUUCAGAUUGAAGGCAUCGGGCGGCCCAACACGGUGUGUGAGUUGCCCCGGGCCCCGCCGCCCCCCAUGCGGCCGGCCCUGGUGGCGGUGACAUCUGCCCUGACCCUGGUGGUGGUGGUGACACCUGCUCUGACCCUGGUGGUGGUGGUGGUGACAUCUGCACUGACUCUGGUGGUGGUGGUGACACCUGCCCUGACCCUGGUGGUGGUGGUGACAUCUGCACCGACUCUGGUGGUGGUGACACUUGGACCAUUCACGCGAUUUUCCUUCACUGACGCUCAUUGAGCAGCGGAUUUGGCAACACGGUAAUUAACUAACAGAGAUAACAUCCGUCUGGCAAGGUGAUGACGAUGUUAUGAAUAUUUGAAGAGAGAUUGGCAAACUGAGGCCUCUCCUUUACAAGCCCUCACCGACCAGCGUGGUGAAGUAUGGUCAAACAACCUGCAUGAGUGACAUGACGUGGGGAGGCCUUCAUCCAGCAGCGGAGCGACUUAGAACUGUGAAUUUGAUAUAUAUUUUAUUGAAUGGGUACUUCUAGUUAAACAUCACGCAAUGACACGUGCGUUACGAAAAAAUAGCUCGUGCGCUUACUGUGCUUGAAGCCAAAUGCAUUGCGUGAGCCAGCCCCAAACCUGACCCCAGGCGGGUCUCCAACCCGGACACCGACUCUUCGGCGCGUGCGUGUGUGUGCGUGCGUGUGUGCGCGUGUGUGUGCGCGUGUGUGUGCGCGUGUGCGUGCGUGUGUGUACGUGCAUGUGCGUACGUGCGUGUGUACGUGCGUGUGUGCUCGUGCGUCUGUGCGCGUGUGUAUGUGCGUGCGUGUGUGCGUUUGUGUGUGUGUGCGUGUGUGUGCGCGUGCGUGCGUGUGUGUGUACGUGUAUGUGUGUGCGUGUGUGUGCGCGUGUGUGUGUGUGUGUGCGUGUGUUUGCGCGUUUGUGUGUGUGCGUGCUGUGUGCGUGCGUGCGUUGUGUAUAUAUAAACGUGCCCGCGUGUGUACUUUGUGAAAAACGUCCGUGUCACCUUCGCUUCCACGCGCGCGCGUUUCUCGUCGUGUUAUCCAGCAGGGCCACGCUGGCUCUCAUGGCUCUCACUUCAGGAGGGGCUCCCGUGAUCCACCGACCCUUCAAAGCAUCGGGUAACGGGCAUGCGCCACUCCGCGCAUUUCAGUUUCAGCCGGUUGCGCUUUUCGAGCGCCCGCGUGUGAGUUUUUAUUUCUCAGUAUCGAGCAGCCUCAACCCAGCUCGGCUUCCACGAUCCGACGAGAGCGGGCGCGUUCGGGGUCACAUGGUCGAAGGCCGCCAUCCGAUAGCAGCUAGGCAGAGCGCCUCGACCUCGAGAGACAAAAAACCGUCCACUCAGUGGGCCUGACCGCCUGAGCCGCCUCCCGGAGGAUGCUUCAACGUUUGAACAUUUAUUUACUGGGCAUCUGUGAAAAAGAGUUUGAAAGCUCAUCGGAUUCCUCCAGUAUAAGUAAAUGUUCUGAUUCUGAACGCAGUCUGUGCAACUGCUGCAACAUUGAUCCUCCAGAAAAUGACAUUCUUAAAAAUCUAUUUCUAUUAUGAUUAUCAUUGUUGUGAAGCAAUUCGCCCAGCGUGGGUGCGAUGACUAUCCUGGCGUCGAGGAAUGGUUACAUCGACCGUAGGGAUGAUGAUGAUGAUGACACAACUUCCCCGUGCGGCUACACGAGCUGAAACUCAAUGACCGGAAAAAAAAUGAAAUCGGAUUAUGGGUUUUUGCUCGGCUUAGAAGUGACAUCGUGCAGACAAUGUGAGGAGGAGCAAGCAGGCGGGGCCCUUUGAGAAUGCCGAUUCUAAGUGGGACGCGCCAACGCGCGCUGUGAGGUUUGCCACGCUACACAGAGCAAGGAGCUAGCGACCCGUGACCCAGCAGCAACCAUGAUCUGUUCACUGCUGGAUGCAGGGUCUCUUUCAUCCCGAAUGGUCCCAUGAUGCCAUGAGAUCCAUCUCACCCCUCCUUGCACGUAAGCUGAUGCCAUCGCUCCGUUAUUUUCUCCUUCGGCUGCCGUUCCAUCACCAGCCUCGUUCAUCGGGCCAUCGUCCCUGCUGACGGACGAUCACGCGUCCUGCCUAAACCCGAUUGUCCUUCUCCGUAUGGGCUGACUCGUUUUGCUUCUUUGCUCGCUCCACAGACGUUGUUCCGUGUCGCCAAGUGGCCUCGUGUGUUUUUUUAGCCACGUGUGUCAGCUGGCAGCGUGCGCCGAAUUAAAAUCUUCCACUGCAAGGCCCCCCGCGCCGCCCAUCGUGCACCGCCGCUUCCCAUUAGCGCCCCCCCCCCUCUUGCCCUCGUCCACCACGUCUGCUAUUCCAUUGUAUUGAUCACGACCCCUCCAGCUAUCCUGGCUCUGGGUGCACACAUUGUGUGCGCUGCGUUUGAAUAAUUAUUUACAAUUUUAAAAGAGAUUACUUUGUGACGAUGCCGCUGCUGCUGCGUCGGCAGCGGUGCACAAACAACAAAAACUCAACGCGUUCAUCAACAGCACUGUGACCUUGAAGGGAAAAAAUAUAUAUAUAGUAGGCGACGUUGCAGGCAAUGAACCUUCUUCCAGCACAUAGCACUUUAUGUUCCAGGCAAUGGUUCUUCGUGGUACGCAAAAUGUUAUGGCCGAUGAAGAAGGGUGAUUGCCUAAAACGUCGCCUACAUAUCUUUUUCCACGUUGAGGCCACACACCACGGUACUUUUGACAAACGUGUCAGGUGCUUUGUUUAGAAAUGCGUGGCACGGUACUUUCGUUUCGCUCUUGAGUUCAACUGUAAUUUUGUUUGUAUCGAUUUCAAGAUUUCAUCCGGAAAGUCCCCUCCAGAUGGAGAAUCUCAUCCGCAAAGACGUCGUCCUGCGUGUAUGGCAAACCUGUUACGACAAAGAUCCCCCAGAUAGCCUCAAGAGAUUGUUGGGGCAAGUGCUGUUAGCGAGCAGCACCUAUGAAGGCCGGGACGACACACGAGGGGGUGGGUCGCCAACACCACGCCCGGCCGCCUUUGUCUUCCCAGUGGCGAUGUUUACACAACGCACCAAGUACUCAUUUGAGGCUGAGUCGACCUAGGGGAGGCCCACGACCGGUUCAGAUAAUCACCACCGGUGUUAGCCGUGAGCGGGAAUCGAACUCGGUUCGCCGGGUUCGUAGCGCGGCGCGCUAACCGCUGCGCCGCCGCUCCUCGUCUGUAGCGGCACGGGCACACGCAGGAGCACGCACGAGAACGACCCCACGCUCCACGCGGGGUACGGUCUCCCCCCCACGUUACUGCGCCGCUGCACUGAACCUGUGUCGGCAGGCCGCUCCACGCGAGACGGACGCAGCGCGCCGGGACGCACCUGCGCUGAUGCUCAGCAGCCGCACCUGCAGCGGUCGUAGCCGUCCCCCGCCAGCACGCGGGGCUGCUGUUGCCCGCACGUCGAACGCGAGGCCGGAUUUUGGGGGUUUAUGGGUUUCGGGCGAUGUGAUUGGCGCGCGCCAGGCACCGUGUGGUGCUGCCGCCGCCACCACCGCCGCCGUUGGAAGCGGAUCGCGGAUGAAAUGUUACUUAUAUAAAUAAAUAUAUAACUUGUGA